CACCAGGCCCCCUCCUUUCCCCUCGGAUUCAUUUUAAGAUCACAUUUCAGAGACUCAUCUGCACCAUGCUUCAGGCUUUUGGACUUCUGCUGCUGACCGUGACUUCACAGGCAGCUGGAAUCAAAGACGGCAGCGUCAGGUUCAAUUCGGAGCCAAACGUGGAGCCUGUUGGCUUGCUGCGUCUGGCUGAUCUACUAAAGAUGUCAGCACCUAGCAAAUCUUCAGAUUUGGAGCUCAGCAGACGUCGAUCCAAGAGGUCGGUGUUUCUACAGCCUGGAGUAAGAAUCUGUUCCCAGGAGAGCAUUGAUGAAGUUCUCGCCAGCCACCAGACCUACUACCAGCUAAGAGUUUGUCAGGAGGUGGUGUGGGAAGCUUUCCGGAUCUUCUUGGACAGAAUUCCUGGGACCUCUGAGUACCAGACAUGGGUUCAUGCUUGUCAGCAGGAGUCCCUCUGCAUCUCUGAUAUUGCCAAGAACUUCAGCAGGUCUGAGGAGCACAUCAGCAUUAUCCAGAGGAGGAUGAGCCGCCUCAGAGACAGAAGGCCUCCAACAAGAGUUGUGACUCCUGCACCAACACAGAAGAGUCCUGAGUUCACAGGUCCUACGGUUCAGUCCACCACCUCGUCUCCACAGAUCAUCACUAUCACCUCUGCUGUCCUCUUCAGCCCUACAAGCUCCUCCCUCAGUUCUGCUGCUGACUACACUGAGCCUGCUGAACUCAUCCAGGAGGACAUGGAGCUGCCUAACGUGGUCCCAGAGAGUCCGGUGGUCCAGAUCAUUGAGUUCAGCAUCAUCCUAGUGGAUCCAGGUUACAGGGAGCUGCUGGGUGACCCAGACUCACCCCAGUAUGUCGACCUGGCGAAGCACCUGCAGGACCAGAUGCAGCACGUUUUUGACCAGCUUCCUGGAUUCAAGACCAUCAGCGUUUUGGGAAUUCGCAAAACCCUGGACACUGACAGGGCUGAAGGAAUCUCAGUCCACUAUUCUGUUGUCUUUGAGAACAACAUCCAUCAAAUGACCUCAGAAACAACCAGAGAACCGGAGACCUCUGGGGACUCUGGACUCAGAGAAAUGGUGAUCAAGGCUUUGCAGGAGAAAGCGUCUCUGCCGGUUGACCUGGAUUCACUGAACUUCCAACCAGAAGUGAUCUUUCUGCCAACAUCAGCUCCUGCAGCUGAAGAAGAAGGGCAUGGGUCCAGGGAACCUGAUUCACAUAAUGAGUUUAAAGUCUUCAUCUCUGAGCAAAAGACUGAUGAACCUCAGCCUGUGGCUCCUCUCACCUCAAAGGAGACGGAAAACGACCUUGUGACCCUGCUAGAUUCCAAAGCUGUUUCACAUGGUGAGACGUUCACAGUGACUGAUGGGAUGACAGUGAUCAGCGAUCAUUCCGAGGCUUCAGAAGACAUUAUUGAUGAAUCAGAAGCAAUUUACGAGAUUGAACCUGAGCUAUCAAGCCAGGACCGAGAGGGAGAAGAAUUGUUCAUCAUUAGACAUGAGAUUGAAACCAUUAAUCAGGAUGAAACUGGGGAACUUGUGCGUGUCAACAUCCCAACCCCUCCCUUGCAUCUUCAGAGGGAGACGGAUGCUCCAUUUAUCACUCCUUCUCCUAACCAGAUAUUAGAGGAAGUCCUGACUCCUGUUGAUGAGGACGGAGAAAGUCCUCGUUUGGAUGUUGUUUAUUUUAGCCCAACGGCUCAGAUUUUAUUCACUGCGACUGUUGGUGAUAAGGAGCUGUCUGAAAUUACAAAUCCAAGUACUAAACUUGCAGCCGUCACAGACCAGCCACCCACCGAGCCGGGAUUAAUCCUUCAAGAGGAUGAAGACAAUGCUCUUCCAGAUGAGGUGAAGGUAGAUUUAGGUGUUUCAAAACCUGACCCAGAUGACCUUCUGGACAGAGAAUCCCAGAAUGUCAGAGGUUUGCAAACAGAGGCUGUACUGCUAGAGUCAGAGGAAGCUGUGGUUGUUCAACCUGAUAAAGUGUUUGACGUUUUAAGGCCAAGCCUUGAGUAUGUGCCAGAGCCAGGUGAAGCAUCAGUUGAAGUCUCAGUGCCAGAACUAAAAGUGGAGAAGCUUUCAGAGUCAAUCAAAGAUAUAGCUAAAGUUUCAAGUCCAGACACCAAACCUGACACUUCUGGGACAGAAGCACCUGAAGUUUCAGAUGCAAACCAAGAAGUUACAGAAGUUUUACAGAUAGACAAAGAAGUAGUUGAUGUUUCAGCACAAGAAAAAGAGUCAACUCAAGCUUUAGAGCCAGAGUCAGUCACCAAACGUCAGGACAAAGUUGCAGUUCCUGAGCCAGAAGAAGUUAUGUUUAAUGUUUCAAGAACAGAAAAGGAGCUUGAAAUUGUAAAAUCAGUUGACAUUUUGGGGCUAGAAGAAUCACUUCCAGAGACGGACUCAGAUGAUACCACACCUGGAGUUUUCACAACACAAGAUCUACAAGAAAGCGUCAACAUUUUGCAACCAGAUAAGGGAAUAGUUGAAGUUACAGAACAAACAGAAGAGCAGAGAGAGGAAGUAGUGGUGGUGUCACCUCAACCGGAGAAAAAUAUGGUAGAACUCUACGAAAAAGAGGAAGAGGUGAAGCUUGUUCACUCUGGAGAUGACAAAGUUUUAGAAAGACCAGUUCAUGCAAUUUUGAAAGAGAUUUUAUCUGAUGUGUCAGAGAAGGUCAGAUUAUAUGUGACAACUGAAACAUCACCUGAUAAUGAAACAUUACCUGAAGUCCCUGAAAAAAGGUUGCCUGACUUAACAGAGGAAAGGGUCCCCGUAGUAUUGGAGGAUGGAGUAGCUGAAGUUACAGAGGAAACAGUCCCGGAAGAAAGGGUUCACACAGUCAUAGAAGAAAAGGCUCCAGAAGUCACAGAAGUUAGAGUUCCUGAAGUUACAGAAGCUACAGAGGAAUCAGUUUAUGAUUUAACGGAGGAAAAAUGGGUUCCUAAAGACAUGGAAGAAAUGGUUCCUGAAGUCACAGAAGAUGGGGUUCCUGAGGUCAUAGGCACUGUGGAAACAGUGUUUGAAGUUACAGAGGAAAACAUCCCUGAACUUACAGAGGAAAGGGUCAACCUGGAUGGAUUCAUCGAUGAAGUUUCUGAACCAGGGGAACCAGUUCCUGCAUCUGAUAGAAUAGUUACAGAUAAAUCAGUCACUGUGGUGAAGCCUCACACAGAAGAGAAGCUUGCUGAAGUUCUUAAUGCAGAAGAGUUAAAGGAUGUAAAACCAGAAAGUGAAAAGGCUGCAGUUAUUUUACUUGAUGAGAGGACAGUGGACAUUACACAGCCAGAACCUUCUCCACUACCUGAAGAGAAGACUGAAACUACAGAUCAACCUAAUAGUCCAGAACUAGAGAUGGUAUCAGAACCAGACAAAGGUUUAGAGCCAGAAUCAGACGAGGAGGUUCUGGUCAAGGUCCAUGAAUCAAAAGAAGAAGCUGCUAAUAUCUCAGAAAUACUUCCUGAAGAGGGGAUUGUUGAGGUCGUAGCGCCAGAACCUAAGAGAGAUGUUAAAGAACCACCUGCUGAGUCAAUCAAAAUCCUUCACACCUUGGACAGCAUGGAAGAACUCCAUUAUACAGAAGAUGCUAUUCAAGUUGUGGAAGAAGAUACAGUUCAUCCUCCUGUUGGUUCUGAAUCUCAUAAUCACACACAGGAAGAUAAUUUACCCAACAUACCAGGAAUCAUCCAAUCCCCAGAAGAAGAUACAAGUACACCUGAUGUCAUCUAUCCAACCACAAAGGAGUUAUACAUCGAGGAGGAUGAAGACAGCACUGACACUGAGGUGGAGAAAGACACGGAUGGUUCCAGAACACCAGAACUUAUCGAGAGCGAUCUACACUUGGAAGCAGCGACUUCUGUCUCAGUACAUGUGACAGCUGCAGAGAAAAAGAUCCCAUCAGAGGAGGUUGGAGUCACAGAAGACUCUGCUGAAAAGAGACAAGAAGAAGAAAUGUUUGCAAGUACUAGACCAGUCUCAGAUGCCUUCAAUACCCCUCCUGCUGCUGUCGAUUUGGGUGAAGUCACCUCACCCGGCCCGACUGUUGACCUUAGACUAUUUGAGUUAGCAGUGGACAGAACAGAACCUGAGGCAAGAGAGCCUUCUGAUGUUACCCAAAACAUCUUGGAAGAGGCAGAAAAUGCAGAACCUGAAGGCCUCACCACCUCCCCAGCUGGUAAGAAGUUCACCGAAGAAUUGGACCAAAUCAGCAUCCCCAGCAAUGAGCCAGUGGAUACAGGCAGUGAUUUUACAUCUGCAGGAGAGGAACGCAUCACUGCUGGCUUCACUGCUCCGCCUCCUCUGAUAUACCUGACCACACCCACCAUGACCACAGCCAGCUACGGACAGGAAUUGGUGGUGUUCUUCAGCCUGCGUCUCACCAACAUGGACUUCUCUGAGGACCUCUUCAACAAGACCUCAUCUGAGUACAGAUCCUUGGAGAACACCCUUUUAGACGUGCUGCUGCCGUACCUGCAGUCCAACCUGACCGGCUUCAGGAACCUGGAAAUCCUCAACUUCAGGAGGGGCAGCGUGGUCGUCAACAGCAAGAUGAAGUUCGCCAAGUCUGUCCCGUACAACAUCACCGAGGCCGUCCGCUGCAUCCUGGAGGAGUUCUGCUCAUCAGCUGCCAAGAAGCUGCACAUGCAGAUCGACAGCCGCUCCCUGGACGUGGAACCAGCUGAUCAGGCUGAUCCCUGCAGGUUCCUGGCCUGCAGAGACGUUUCCCGUUGCGAGAUCAACAGCUGGACCAAAGAGGCCCGGUGUGUUUGUGAGCCGGGCUUUCUUUCUGUGAACAACCAGCCAUGUCAGAGCCUUUGUGUCCUGCAGCCCGAAUAUUGUCAAAAUGGGGAGUGUCACAUCGUCCCAGGACGAGGAGCUGAGUGCAGACACCAAGGUGGACCUAUGCUACCAGGCCCGAGCAGUUAGGAAAACAUAUUGGAUCGGACGGCACCUGGGAACACGAUUAAAGACUCAGCAACAGGAACAGGAAGACCUCACACAUUCAGGAAAAUGCGGACUCUUUAGAGCUUCAUACCAGAGAACAAUCUCUCCUGACGCAGAAGAGGAGCUCCGCUGGUGACUCUGCAGCAUCUAUUGGACUGAUGAAGAUCUACCCUGAACUGUUUUUGUACACGUCUGCUGAUUCUUUCUGUAGUGAAAGCCUCAUGUCUCUGAUAAGGAAACCAUCUGGACAGAAACAUCAGAGAAAACACUAAGAUUAGUUUGUUUCUCAAUGAAUAAAUAUGUAAAUACAGCUGCAGUUAAACAGAAAGACUUCAAAAGUGAGUACACCCCUCACAUUCCUGCAGAUAUUUAAGUGUAUGUUUUCAUGAACAACACUGACAAAAUGAAUCAAUGAAAAGUAAUCUGUGUGCAGAUUAUAUAACAGUGUAAAAAUGUAUUCUUCCCUCAUAAUAACUCAAGAUACAGCCAUGAAUGUCUGAACCACCGGCAACAAAAGUGAGUACACCCCUUAGUGAAAGUUCCUGAAGUGUCAAUAUUUUGUGUGAUCACCAUUAUUUACCAGAACUGCCUCAACUCUCCUGGGCAUGGAGUUUACCAGAGCUUCACAGGUUGCCAGUGGAAUGAUUUCCAUUCCUCCAUGACGACAUCAUGGAGCUGGCGAAUAUUGGAGACUUUGCGCUCCUCCACCUUUCGCUUGAGGAUGACCUAAAGAUGUUCUAUUGGGUUUAGGUCUGGAGACAUGCUUGGCCAGUCCAUCACCUUUACCCUCAGCCUCUUCAAUAAAGCAGUGGUCGUCUUAGAGGUGUGUUUGGGGUCAUUAUCAUGCUGGAACACUACCUUACGACCCAGUUUCCAGAGGGAGGGGAUCAUGUAUUUCAGUAUUUCACCGUACAUAAUGGAGUUCAUGUGUCCCUUAAUAAAAUAUGUAACUCCCCAACACCUGCUGCAUUCAUGCAGCCCCAGACCAUGGCAUUCCCACCACCAUGCUUGACUGUAGGCAUCACACACUUAUCUUUGUACUCCUCACCUGAUAGCCGCCACACAUGCUUGAGACCAUCUGAACCAAACAAAUGAAUCUUGGUCUCAUCAAACCAAAGGACAUGGUUCCAGCAAUCAGAGUCCUUUGUUGACGUGUCUUCAGCAAUCUGUUUGCGGGCUUUCUUGUGGACAGACUUCAGAAGAGGCUUUCUUCUGGGAUGACGGCCAUGCAGACCAAUUUCAUGUCGUGUGCAGCGUAUGAUGUGAGCACUGACAGGCUGACCCCCCACCUCUUCAAUUUCUGCAGCAAUGCUGACAGCACUCCUGAGCCUAUCUUUCAAAGACAGCAUUUGAAUGUGAUGCUGAGCACGUGCAUUCAGCUUCUUUGGACGACCAACGCGAGGUCAGUGGACCCUGCUAUUUUAAAACGCUGGAUGAUCUUGGUCACUGUGCUGCAGCUCAGUUUCAGGAUGUUGGCAGUCCUCUUGUAGCCUUGGCCAUCUUCAUGUAUCGCAACAAUUCGUCUUUUAAGAUCCCCAGAGUUCUUUGUCAUGAGGUGCAAUGUUGGAACUUUCAGUGACCAGUAUGAGACAGUGCAAAAUUAAACACACCUGGUCCCUAUGCACACCUGAGACCUAGUAACACUAACAUGACAUUUUGGAGGGAAAAUGACAAGAGUGCUCAAUUUGGACAUAGUCUCUUAGGGAUGUACUCACUUUUGUUGACAGUGGUUCAGACAUUAAUGGCUGUAUCUUGAGUUAUUUUGCACA